AAAUAAGUCGUGUUUAAUGAAAAAAGUUCCAAAUAAGAUCCCGGAGAUGUCCAAAUCCCUACUUUGUGAGCAGUUAGCAUCAAGCUUCUCUGUUUCUUCUCAAAAGGCAAAGUCCUUACUUUCCCUUUGAGAUGCUUAUCUAUUAAUCACCCAAAAGCCAACUGAAGAGAAGAAAGGAAAUACCGAGGUUAUAGUUCAGGCAAAUCCUACCAAUAAUAAAGCUUUCUAUAAGAACAGAGAUUUGAGUGAAAUCAAAACCUUAAUGAAUCCAGAUGCAUUUGUUCCUUCUCUCAAGACUGAGAUUGAGCAAAUUUUAAGCGAAUCAGGGAGUGGGUCUGAAAUACCAAGAGAAUCUUUGAAUAGACUUUGGCUAUUUACUAAAGUCCUUUCUGUUUCCUCUCAAGACCCAGAUUUUGAGAGUAGUAAUAUGAGCCUAUCUCAAAUCGAACAACUUUUAUCUGAUUACAGAAAUGAGAAAGUUGUUGAAGAUAUGAUAAACCAAGUAGCAGAGAAGUAUGUUUUAACUAAAUUCGAGAAUGGAGCCAAACAGAAAAUAAUGCUCACCUUUGCUCCAAUGAUGAAGAAUACCUACAAACUUUUGAUGUCGAUUAAAGCAAACCUGCUGAAGAUUAAAUUAAAAGGAAGCAACUUUUGAAUCUUUGACUACUCAAUAGACCCAAAUGAGCAAUAUUUAGAAGCUGUUCUCCAAUGGAUCCCCUUGCAUUUCAAUAUUAACGGUGCUCUUCAAGACUCAAAGCAAAGUAAGAUGAAGAAGGGUACAGAAGAAGGCAAAGCAAAGAAUGAUACUGAUAUUGGCGAGAAGGCCUCUUCUAUUCAGGAUAAAUUUAGUAUGUAUGAAGAGUCCUUUGAAACUAUUCUGGAAAUGAUUAUGAGCACAAGAUUUGGAAUUAGAUCCAGGGCUUUGCAAAUUUUCAAGGAAAUCUUUUACUCUUCUCUAGAGGAACAGCAAUAUAGCUUCAAUCCUAUUCACUUGAUGCAUAAAGUUAUGUCUUCAAAGAUUAACUUAGAAGAUGAAAGGAUCCAAAUUAAUGAAAUUGAGAGGUUACAGAACAUUUUCAGAAAAGAAGACAUGUCUCUCCUGAUGCAAAGAAUAUAUUUAAGAUUUCUAAUAGGAAUGUUCAGAGUAAAAUUUAUUCCUUUAUAUAUGACAAUCCAAAAAGCAUUAGCAGAAUUGCUUACUAAAUAUCAUGACACUUUAAUCCAAGAAUAUUUUACUAUUCUUGACACAGUUGACAUCAUACUCAGAAUUGGCCCAUUUGAUAAUUUGGCUGCCAAAGAACUGUAUCCAAAUCUAGAGGAAGAUCUGCCAACCUAUAGAAGCUUUGUAAUUUUGGAAGCACAGAAUGGUGAGGAGAAUGGGGAAUCAAUCGACAACCAAUAUAAUUCUACACUCUCUGUUUUCCAGAAUUUGGUUAAGGCAUUGACAUACUGAAUCACUGAUUUACCAACUGAAUCUCAGAAAAACCUGACAGACAGAUUCAUUUUAUUCAUGAAUAAUGAGUUUUUGGUGUAUCAUCACGAAUUCUCUCAAUUAAAAGAAAAGGAUAACAAAAAUAACUUUAGUGAGGAAGAAAUUUACAAAAAUAUGCACAAAAGCAAUACUCAUGGAUUCCUGGCUGACGGUCUUAAGUAUGCUCAAAUGCAUAUGAAAAAUUCCUCAAACAAGCUCAAGUGUUACCUUGAAGUGCUCGAAGAUGUUGAAAGAAUCAAACAUAUUCUGACUGUUUUACUAGGAAUUAAUGACGAAAAUGUUCAGCUUUUAGUUCUUAAACAACUGCUUAAAUUAAAAAUUCCAGAGUUUACUAAAUACAAGAAAUCCUUAAUGGCUUUCAACUCUGAUACAGAUUUCAAAGAUGAAGUUGUAAAGUUCCCUCUCUCUACGCUCACUGACCACGAAAGAAAAGUGCUUCUUCCUUAUAUCAUAAGAAUGCUAAACUCAAAAUUGCUUAAGAAGAGAGGAAAAGCAAACAGAAAGUCCAUAAUGACCAGGAGAAAGAUUGUCUAUAAAUUCUUAGCUGAGUUGAAAAACGAUGACAUUGAUAUCUUUAUUAGACAAGUUAUUGAACCAUUUAACCUGACUCUUGAAGAAACCAAAGAUCCACAAAUUUUAGAAGCAAAAUUAAGUCAAUGCGGUUUUACUCAAUAUCUGGGAUAUAUUUCUGCCCUUGAAGGAAUAGUCGGCCAAAUGGGAUCUCUUAUUAAAGACCAUCUUCCUUACUUAUGUAGUGUACUCAUUGCCAUUUUCAAAAUCAGUAAGAAGUUCUUUUAUCAAACGAAGCAAACUCAAGGACCAAUUGAUGAUGAGGUAGAAGACUCUGAGAAUGAAGAGGAUGAAAAUCUCUCACCACAAGCUGAUCUUCAGAAUGUUUCAUCUCAUACAUUGUCUUUAUGUAGAACUGUAUUUGCAAAUACUUUUAAAAAGAUUAAUUUGAUUUAUGAGAAGUACUUCUAUCUUGAUUAUAUCAAGACAGAUUUUAGCCAAGAUGUCAUGGUUAUUUACAAAGAAAAUAUUGAGAAUCUUCAUACACAGAACAUAUCUUCCAAAUCUGCAUUAAUGGACACCUUCUUGACUUGGUCCAAGCACUUAGACCUACAUGGUUUAUUUCUUCAAUUUAACGUGGUUGAUCAGCUUUGCAAGAUUAUUGGUUACAAUAAAGAUAUUGUGCACUUUGAAGUUUACUCAAUGAUUUUCACGAUCUUCAGGAAUAUAGUGAUCUCUGGUCUUUCUUCAAACGAGGAAGAACUAGAUAAAAGAGAUACCAUUAUCAAUUUAUUCAGAAGACAAGAAAAUGAAGAUGUUGAAAUGUCAAAUUCAGAUUCUAUUGAGAUCAUUUCUUUGAAGUAUGGAUCCAUGAUCAGCUCAAUUUCAAACUUCCUCCAAUAUAACUGGGAGAUUAUUAAGAAUGGGAUCUUAAAUAAAAAGGAAAAGAAGACCAAAGGAGAUCUAGAUAAGAGAACGGUUGUCAGUGUUCUCACCAAAGACCAUGUGUUCAGAUCUCCAAGUUUCAUAAAGAAUGUCGUUCUGAUUUUAAGUGAGAUCAGUGUGUACGUAAAUGUUGAUCAGAAAGAUCAAUUAGAGAAACUUACUGACAUGUUUAUCCCUCUUUUGACUGUUAAAGGAUUCAUUACGCAUGGGAAGGAAGAACUUGUAAAUUAUACUCUGAGAACAGUAGAAAGGCUGUGUCAAAAAAUGCCAUCUCUGAUUACUAUUAAGCGAUUCUAUAUGAUUUCGAAAUUAUUAUCUGAAGGCAUAAAACUCAGCUCAAGAGAAUAUUUAUGCAACUUACUUUCAAUAAUUCCUGAUUCUCAAGUACAAAAAUCGAUUACUUAUGUCAGAAACAUGAAUAAGAUUAAGAAGGGAUUUGCUACAGCAACGCUUGACUAUGAUAAAGCUAUCACAAAUGCAACAGAAUUUCAAGAUAAAAUACUACCAACUGCAACAUUCGAUGAAUCUGUUGCUAUUUUAUUCCAGGUCAUACACUUCUUGAACAGUUCUGAGCUUUCAUUAAGAGUUUCUGCAACCAGCCUUCUUGAUUCAUUCAUUGCUAAAUAUUAUAAAGAUAUCAUUGAUUAUUCAAACCAAGACAUGAAACCUGAAAGUGAAGACUUAGUGAAUAGAUCUAAAUUCAUUUCUUUACAUUUGAUUCCUUCAAUCAGAUCUAUUAUUAACACUAAGACUGAAGAAUUAUUAUUAAAGGCGACUUUUAAAAUCUUAAAAAGAUAUCUGCAAUGUAUUAGAGACCUAUACAGUAAUGAAAACCUUGAAGAAAUCCUAAAAGAACUGAAAGUUCCAAAGGAAUACCUCGAUCUAGCUUGUGUAAUUGAUGAGAAGGACGAGAAUGCAGACUUUUUCGAGAACAUUCUCAAUAUUAAGUUACAAAGAAGAUAUAAAGCUAUAAGACUUUUAUGCAAAAAGUUAGAGGAUAAAGAGAUUCAAGAUCUUAAAACACUAACCAAGAUAAUACUUCCUAUUGCUGAUAUGUUUAUUCUCAGAAUGUCCCAAGCUCAAAGUUCAACAAGAGGAGUCGUCAGCUAUGCCAAGCAAAACUUGGAGCAAAUUAAUAAUGAGUGAUAUCUUCUAUACCAGAAAGUAAGCCAGGUCUUGCCUUGGAAUCUCUAUCAAGGAAUUAUGAGGAAGAAUAUUAUCAAAAUUACUGGUUUGACUCUUAGAAAGGGGCAAAGGUUAUCGUCAACAGUAGAAAAGAACAUUACAAAAAUUAUUUGCUCUAUCAUCAACGGAUUCCACUUUGACAUUCCAGAUGUUGUUGAUGAGCUUGAAAAGACUCUGGACCAAGAUAAAAGCAAAGGUGGCCUUGAUGAAAUUCUUGAUAACAUCUUUGAAAAAGAAGAGGAAGUAGUUGAAAAAGUGGAUGAUGGACUGGCCUCCGACUCUGAUGAUAAAGAAGAGGCUGAACAACAAAUUCAAGAACAGAUAGAAAAUAUUCUUGACAAGUCAGAAGAAGAGAAGUUGAAUAAAGCAUUCAAUGUGAAUGCUAUUCUGAAAACUGUGAAUAAUAGCUUUAUUCCAUCCUUAUUUAAGCAUUUAAAGGAAGAGAACAAAUAAAGCAGAAAGUAAUGAUGACUAUAAAAUCAGGAUACAUGUUGCAAUCGCUAUAGUGAGGCUCUUAAGAAAGACCACAAAUCGAGAUUUUAGUACGGGAUAUGCCAGGCUUGUUAGAAAUGUUGUUGGGUGAUUAAGAAGCAAAGUUACAAUAGUAAGAGAUAGAGCAAGAGAUGCUUUAAUUCAAAUAAAUUUAAAUGUUUCUGGAUAUCUAUUCCAUUAUACAGUAGAUGAGCUACAAAAAGGGUUGAGAAAAGGAUAUCAAAGGCAUGUUAAGUCCUAUACAUUGAGCCAUGUUAUUGAGGCCUUAGUUGACCAAAAUCAUAUCAAAGUAGGCCAACUGGAUCAUUGAAUUGAUAGUGCUGGUGUCUAUGACUCUAAAGCUGCCACAAGAUCAAGAAGAAAAAAUCAGUCGAUCAUUAGUAUUCUCAUGGAUGAGCUUUUUGGAAAACUAGGAGCUGAAAAAGAGCUUGAAGGUACAAAUUAUUUGAAAAUUAAGGAAACUAAAUCAAAAAGAGCUCUAAAGACAUAUGAAAUUUUAUCCCAAUAUAUCAAUUUUGAGAACACUUUUAUUAAAUUCGUAACUCCAGUUCUCAUCAAGGCAGACAAUUUCUUGAAAUCUAGCAGUAUUAAAAAGUGAGAAGAAAUUUUAGCAAUAAUAAGCACAAAUAUCCUUAAAAACAUGAGUGUGACUGCAGAAUCUCUUUUGAUCAUUUUGUUCGCUAUUAUUAAGAAGGGAACUACAGAAGAAAAUAAGCUGGAGGAAGAGGAGCAAGAUGUUGAAGAAGACAAGUUUGUUAAAAAGAGAGAAAAAGCACUUAAAUAUCAAACCUUUAAAGUGUUACCUCAUUGGCACCGAGAUUUGUCAUAUUUCAGAAUUGUUGACAAUGAAUUAUCUAAAAACAUGCUGCUAGCCUUUGCACUCUCAACAAUUAAGAAAGCAAUGGAUGUACUUCCUAUUCAUGACUAUAAAGAUAAACUCGAUGCAUUCACCAAGCUUUAUGUUGUUCUUAUGAAAUCUACUGACAAUAGAGUGCUAGUUAAUACUCUGCACCUUCUUGGCAAAUGAAUUAGACUGAAUUUGCCCAACAUCAAAUAUCAUUGCAGGAACAUUAUUAACAAUCUUUUCUUAUUAUUCACAACAAGUUCUGACAGUGAAUUCAUGAAUUCACUCUUUAAAUGUUCGACAGAAAUGGUAACAUAUAUGAGAGAUGACCUGACUGACCACCAAAUUGGAAGACUUAUUGAGAUUAUAAAAGCUAAUCUUGAGCACUAUCAGAUGCAGGCUAAUGUGUAUGGAUGACUUAAAGCAUUAGUCCAUAAAAAGAUCUUGAAUCCUCAUAUUUAUGAUAUCGUUGACAUAAUUGCUGACAAGAUGGUCACCCAUACCAACAAGAGCACUAGAGCCAUAUGUUCAAGUAUUUUCAUCAUAUUUUUGAUCGAUUAUCCUUUGGAGGAGAAAAGAGUAGAGCAGCAUAUUCAUCAUCUGAUUAAGAACCUUACUUAUGUUGGAAAAGAUGGCAGAAUUACAGUUCUAGAAGUGAUCGAGAAGCUGAUACCUCAGUUCCCAACUAACAUUCUUGACAAGUAUUCAUUUGUGCUGUUCCUAUCUAUGAUCUUGAGAACUGUUAAUGAACAAGAAAUAGAAUGAAAGCAAAAAGCGAAUACAACUCUUAAGCUUCUCUUAGAAAAUGUUUCUGAUUCAAAGAGAGAUGAUAUCAUUAAAACAGUGCUUAAUUGGGACUAUGACUCACAGCCUUCACUUGGCGAAGAAAUUCCUGAAGAAAUGGAUGCUUCUGGAAGAUCUGCAAUGAUGAAGAGAGUCACUUUAUUGCUUAUAGGACUUAUCAUUACAAUAGAAGGUGAUAAAUUUGCCCCGAAAUACUUUGCACAGACAUUUGAGAUAUGAAAUGCUGAAAUAGCUGAACAAGCCGAGAUGCUCAAACAGCUCUAUACCGUAAAUGAAGAGGAAGAAGAUAGGGAUAAAGAAGAAGAGAAGCAAAUUGAAGGCGUAAAAGAGGAAAUGGGUCAGUUCUUAACUGAAAUAUCUCUAAUUAAUAAGAAAGAUCUCCAAGGAAACCACAAAAGAAGAAAACUAAAUGAAGAAGUUAGCCAAGAAAAAUGCUUCACCCUUGUAGCAACUUUAAAUAUUAUUGAAAAAUUUGUUCAUCAAGAAGCAUGCUGGAAGUUAUUGUAUAAUAAAAUCAUAAGCAAGGAAGAACAAAGCUUUAUGAAAAAUCUAGUCCAACUCUCAGAUCACUAUUUUGUUUAUAAGCAAAUAUCAAGAUUAUUGCAAACCAUUUUCGAAAAAUUUGAGUCCUCUGGAGUGAACUAUAAAGAAAAUGAAGAAAUUAACUCUUUAAUAGAUGAUCUAAGCCUCAGUUUGCCGAGAAUGUUUGACUUAAUCGAUAAGGACACAAUCUCAGGAGAGAAAUUAAUAAAUCUGCUUGUAUUUAUAGCCCUUCACUUAAGCUCUCAAAGCACUGAAGAUGCUGGAGAUAAACUACAGAAAAUGUUCGAUAAAUGAUCCUUCAUUGGGAGAAAGAUUAUGAUAAAUCUGAAUAUAAACGAGUAUAAACUUAUAUUGGUUCUUAAAUUCUUUGUAACUGUUCUCUCAGCAAUUAAGGAUAAGAAAAUAGUGCAGAUGAUCACUAGGCAAAUUCUACUGUUGGUAUACAGAACUUACACCAAUGUUAAACUGAGCAAAUCCGAAGCCAAAACUUUGUCAGUUGAGAUUAUUGAGAUUCUUCAAAAGAAAUGAGGAAAUGAACAAAGCGAGUUCUUGAAAAUAUAUUCCGAAGUCAAGAGUCUUGUUGAUAUGCAAAAGGCAGAGAGGAAGAAGAAUGAAAGGAUUUCAGCUGUCAAGAAUGUUUCUGCAUUUAAGAAAAAGAGACAACUCAAACAUAAGAGAAAGAGAGAACAAGACAAGAAAAAGAAUUUCUUGAAAAAAUUGUCAAGGUACCAGUAGU